AUGGUGUCGGGGGAGAGCUGGUUCUCUAACCAGGAGAAGUCAUCAGUGCGCUGGGACAGGCGCAGGCGGACCCCGUCUGGGCCCCACGACCCCCCAGCAGCCCGGGGCGCCUCGAUGCCUGGUCCCCUGGCGCCUUUGAGCCGAAACAAAGGCGCUGGAGGCGGCGACCGAGAGCACGGUGGGGGCCGAGGCUUGUCAGAGCCCGAGCGCGUCCCCGUCGCCCAGAGGCAGAGGCGCUCGCGAGCAGCCUGGUGCAGCAGACAUCGAAAAGUGCCCACACCGAGCCCGAGUGAGCCCAGCGAGGGCCGGGCAGGCGGCGAGCGCGUGCCCCGCUGGGCGCUGGGCACCGGGACGGCCCUGCCGGCCGCCCGCGGGCCCGCCCCCGAUCGCGACUGCAGGGUCCCGGGGAGGAGUGCCCCCCGCAAGAUGCUGGCGCUCGUCGGGCUGCUCGGCCUCCUGCACUCGGGGCAAGCCGCCGAGGAGCGCCCCGGGGACAACCAGAGCCUGGAGGCGGCGCCCGCCGCGCCCAACGCCUCGCACUUCUUCUCCUGGAACAACUACACCUUCUCGGACUGGCAGAACUUUGUGGGCAGGAGGCGGUACGGGGCCGAGUCCCAGAACCCCACGGUGAAAGCCCUGCUCAUCGUGGCGUACUCCUUCAUCAUCGUCUUCUCCCUCUUCGGGAACGUCCUGGUCUGUCAUGUCAUCUUCAAGAACCAGAGAAUGCACUCGGCCACCAGCCUCUUCAUCGUCAACCUGGCGGUGGCCGACAUCAUGAUCACACUGCUCAACACCCCCUUCACUUUGGUUCGAUUUGUGAACAGCACGUGGGUGUUUGGGAAGGGCAUGUGCCACGUCAGCCGCUUCGCCCAGUACUGCUCUCUGCACGUCUCUGCCCUGACGCUGACGGCCAUUGCUGUGGACCGCCAUCAGGUUAUUAUGCAUCCGCUGAAACCCCGCAUCUCCAUCACUAAAGGCAUCAUCUACAUCGCUGUCAUCUGGACCAUGGCUACCUUCUUUUCUCUCCCGCAUGCCAUCUGCCAGAAAUUGUUUACCUUCAAAUACAGUGAGGACAUUGUCCGCUCUCUGUGCCUGCCAGACUUCCCUGAACCCGCUGACCUCUUCUGGAAGUACCUGGACCUGGCCACCUUCAUCCUGCUCUACAUCCUGCCCCUCCUCAUCAUUUCUGUGGCCUACGCCCGAGUGGCCAAAAAGCUGUGGCUAUGCAACACAAUCGGUGACGUGACCACCGAGCAGUACCUUGCUCUGCGACGCAAGAAGAAGAAGACCAUCAAGAUGCUGAUGCUGGUGGUGGUCCUUUUUGCCCUCUGCUGGUUUCCCCUUAACUGCUACGUCCUCCUCCUGUCCAGCAAGGUCAUCCGCACCAACAACGCCAUCUACUUUGCCUUCCACUGGUUUGCCAUGAGCAGCACCUGCUACAACCCUUUCAUCUACUGCUGGCUCAACGAGAACUUCAGGGUUGAGCUGAAGGCGUUACUGAGCAUGUGCCAAAGGCUGCCCAAAGCCCAGGAGGAUAGGCAUCCCUCACCUGUUCCUUCUUUCAGGGUGGCAUGGACAGAAAAGAGCAAUGGCCGGCGGGUCCCACUAGUCAAUAACCUCCCUCCGUCCUCUCACCUCCAGUCUGGGAAGACAGACCUCUCGUCUGUGGAGCCCAUUGUGACCGUGAGUUAGAGGAAGUGGGGGAGAGGCAGGGGAGGGUUCUAGCACCCGCUCAUGUUGGAAGAGACAUCAAGGACACGGCCUUCCCUGUCAAGCACAACCUCAGCGGUGCGGAAACAAGGUUAUGCACAAGCAGCAGGACUCUAGAGUUUCUAGAAUGCUCAGCUCAGCCUCCCAGUCCUAUCUGAUGUGCAAACUGAACGCAACUACCAACAAGACACAUGGCUGUACAUUCCCAUCUAGUAAAUACUGUAGGGCAUCUCUCCCUGGCCCCGUGAGCAAGGGAGAGGAGGACGCCUUUGGCUCAGAUGGGUGCUAAGUCCAUCGUUGCUCCAAAUGUCUGGGCAUGUGGAUCCCCUCCCACUGCCCCCUUCAAGGAACCCAAGUCAUAGCCAGGUGUGGUAGGCUUUUUAGUGCACCGGCCCACACGCCCACACCUCUUGCUUUGAACAGC